AUGAUCCUUGGUCGCGACGGAGGCAGCUCUGAUGGGACUGUUGCUACUGUAGUCCACCCUGAUAGCUCUACAGGGAUCAUCAGCCCUGCUGCAGCACCAAUACUAGAACAGCCUGCUGCGCUUGCCUCAUCACUAUCUAUCACUGACACUCCCAUCAAACGGGAAAGAGAUGCAAGAUUAUAUGUUGGCCCGAUGCUGGUAAAGGACUUCAUCGACAAGUUCCUACCAAACCCUGGAGAUAAUGACAUCUCGGACUUCACUUCGCGCUUCGCUUCGGCCUCAGAAUCCGAUGUGUUCAAUUUGCGAUCAAUUCAAAGAGAGCAGGACGUUUAUCAACCAUUCUACAGAUUAACAGGCAUGCAAGACUUCGCCCCUCAAUUAUCAUUUGUGAACACUUCAAAAAAUGCAGAUACGAAGAACUGCUCAUCAUUUACGUUCAAUGUCAUGCCGGACGUAUGCGUAUACGCCGAUGGAACAUCUGACGGCUGUGAUAUUACCAAAGCCGAAGUGCACAUCGAAUUCAAGUGGAAUGAUGCUCUCGACGCAUUCAAGCAAAAAUCCUGGAGUCGAUAA